GAUUCUACAUAUAUUUUUUGCAUAGCAAUUUCCAAUUACCCUAGCACCAUUUGUUGAAAAUACUAUUGGUAUUUGGUAUCUUGUCAAAAAAAAUAGUUGACCAAAAUAAGUGUUUAUUUCUGGACUCUCAAUUCUGUAUCGUUGAUCUGUAUAACUAUCUUCACCUGGCCAGAUUUUUAAGACUUUCACAGUGGGGCGCCUGGGUGGUUCAGUCAGUGAAGCAUCUGACUCUUGGUUUUGGCUCAGGUCAUGAUCUUAGGGUUUGUGAAUUCAAGCCCCCAUCGGGCUCUGUUCUGCCAGUACAGAGCCUGCUUGGGAUUCUCUCCCUCUCUCUCCACUGCUCCCCUGCUCAUGUUCUCUCUCUCUGUCUUUCAAAAUAAACAAAUUAAAAAAAAAAGACUUUCACAGUAAUAUAUCUGAACUUACCUUCUUGCUUUGUCAUCUAAUCAAGUCAAUGAUGGGACCCGAAAUGAUCUCAUAACACUUAAACAUCACUGAAAAUUGUGAUGCAGGAGCUAAACAGGCCAGAUGUAAGUCCAGAAGGCAAAAAGGCCAAAACUGAAAAGGGAAUUAUAGUCACAAAAAUGUAGUAUUUGUUUUGUUUUUUGUUUUUUGUUUUUACUGUUUAUUUUUGAGAGAGGGAGUCAGAGCAUGAGGGGGGGAAAGAGAAAGAGGGAGACACAGAAUCCAAAGCAGGCUCCAGGCUCCGAGCUGUCAGCACAGAGCCCGAUGUGGGGCUUGAAUUCAUGAGCCGUAAGAUCAUGACCUGAGCCGAAGUUGGACGCUCAACCGACUGAGCCACCCAGGUGCCCCAGUAUUUGUUUUAUUAAAGUACAUGUUAACUCUUAAAAUAGGUCCUUGUGCUUGCUUUCUGGGAAGGCGGUCCUGAGCAGGUGAAUCAUAUGUCACUCAAACAUAUGUUAUAUGCAGACAGCACCCACCUCUUCCCCUCUUCCCUACACCACCCCCCCCCCGCCACCCCCCCGAACCUUUGCCUUUUCUUGGAUUGCUGUGCUUCUUUCCCCUUACUUUGCUGCAUUUCUAUCGGGAAGUUGGUUUUACUUGAAUGAUUCAUGUUUAGGGAGAAAAAUGAACAUACCCUUAAAAUUUGUUUCAACUCCUCCUGCAAGGAAAAAAAAUAAAUGAAGAAGGCAGAUGUAAACAAUAGCAGCAAAAAAGUACAGGUUAACAAAGAGAUCUAAACAGAGAGUGGCUUCAACAGGAACGAUCUUCAUUUUCCUCUUCAGUAUCAGUCUGAGUGUAUGCAGUCCAAAUUGGCUGUGAUGGCUAUGUUGAAAUCUGGAAACCAGACUCAGGAUUCCUAUCUUGUUGCUCUACCAUCUUUAGGGAUGUUGCCCUCAUGUUCAUGGUCACAUACACUCACCACCACAUUUUCUAGGGCUAUAAUCUAGUUGGAGGGAAGGAUGAAAAUUGGAAAAGGAGAGCAUACCUCUUCCUUUGAAGGAGCUUUCACUUAUCAAUUUUAUUGAGUCUGUUGGCCCAAACUUGUUAUUGGCCAUACCUAGAUACACAGAAGGCUAGGAAGCGUAAUUUGAAGGCUAUGCACCUGGCUUAAAAAUGUAUUACCAAAAAACAAGGGGAGAGCACAUAGUUAGAGGCAAUUAGCAGGUGAUACCUCCAAUUAUAUUUAUAUUAAGUAUAGUUAUAUUUAUAUACAUAUCAGAAGGUGAACAUUGAGCACCUACAUUUGAGGCACUGUUGAGGGGUUGUGAAGGUUGCCCUCAAUGAGAUUUCCAGAAAUUAACUAUUGGUGGUGGGAGAAGCAAUCAUGUUUUAUGUCUUAACAAAUUUGUUCCAGGGGCACCUGGGUGGCUUCUUAAGCAACUGACUCUUGGUUUCAGCUCAGGUUAUGAUCUCACGGUUGGUAGGAUGGAGCCCUGUGUCGAGCUGUGUACUGACAGUUUGGAACCUGCUUGGGAGUCUCUCUCCCUGCCCCUCCCCUGCUCACUCACAUAUGCUCUCUCUCUCUCAAAAUAAAGAAAGAAAGAAACUUAAAAAAAAUUUGCUCCCAAACUAAAAUGCUGUUUCUGUUUUUCAAACACAACCACUGAAGAUCUAAGUUGCACCAUUUACAGUUUUUUGAGCUGUCUUGUUCAUAAUUCUUUACUUAAAAAAAAAAAACACAACAUUGAUUUAUCUACCUCAUGUAUUUUUUAUUUUUGUAGCCAUUGUCUCCAUUUUCCUAUUUUAUGACUGAUCAAGUCUUCUUUUUUUUUAAGUUUAUUAAUUUUUAUUUUGAGAGAAAGUGAGCAAGUGAGGGAAGGGCAGAGAGAGAGAGAGAGAGAGAGAGAGAGAGAGAAUCCCAAGCAGGCUCCACGCUGUCAGUGCAGAGCCCAACUCAGGGCUUGAACCCACAAUCUGUGAGAUCAUGACCUGAGCCAAGACCAAGAGUCAAUCACUUAACUGACUGAGCCACCCAGGCGCCCCAACCACUGAAGUCUUCUGAUGCCCUGUCUUAAACCUGAGUUGAUGUAUGAUGGGAGCAGUUGUAUGUUUAAGAUAUUUUUAUGAUUCUUUAAUUUAAACUCCCCAUUUUUGGCUAUGUAAUAUGAAGCAAAUGAGGAAACAUUGCUCUAAUGGCUUAACAAGGAAGGAGAAAAACCCUUAAUUUCUGAGUGGAGAAAUAUUGUUUGUGGAAAAGUAGUUUGUGGAAAAAAAACUGUAAUCAAAAGUUUGUGUUAUUGCACCUGACUUUAGGAUCCCCCCAAUUUUUUUUUUGGCCACGUUGUGCCUUUCCUUCUGGAAUUGUAAGUGGAACACCAUACUUGUACCUGUUUAUACUGUGACGUAGAUAUUGUUACAGAGAACACACCCGAGCCUUUCUCACUGGUAAGCAAACAAUGCCUUGUGAAUCUCUGAGCUAUGGAGAAACCCCGUAGCUUUACCUGCAGAUGCUGUCUCGGAGAAUAAAUUUUGGCUGGUUGUUUUUAUUUCCCCCACAAAACAAAAACAAAAACAGACAAACAAAAGACGAUUAUUGAGUACCUGUCAUGUGUCAGGGAUAGUAGGAUAAAUUGUCUGUAUUCAGAAGUAUAAUUAUGUUUGGCCUUAGAGAACAUGUAGAAUGUCCUGAAAUGUUGAAGUUUGAACAAUAGCAAGAGACGGUAAGAGACUUUUACAAUAUAGAACUGUAUUAUGAAGUAAUUGUGUUUGUGAAAGAGCCCAGGACUGGAAGUGAAGAGGCUUAAGUGUGUGUCCCAGAUCUGUCACUCGUCAGGUAACUGUGGACUGGCCUCAAUUUCUUCAUCUUUAAAAUUAGGGGAUUCAUUAUAUGCUUUAUAUGGUCUUCUUUGUGUCUGUGCUUCUCUAGCUGUUGAUAUCUAUGAUGUAUGUGUUAUAUAUGGGCUAUAUUGUGUGUUAUAUGUUAUUUUUAGUCUUUAUGACUCAACAAGUCUAUAGUUUCGUUUGUUUUGUUUUGAAUGUUUAUUUAUUUUUGAGAGAGAGCACAAGCAGGGGAGGGACAGAGAGAGAAAGGGAAACAGAAUCUGAAGCAGGCUUCAGGCUCUGAGCUGUCAACACAGAGCCCGAUACGGGGCUUGAACCCACAAACCAUGAGAUCAUGACCUGAGCCGAAGUUCGACGCUCAACUGACUGAGCCACCCAAGUGCCCCUAUGUUUCUAUAGUUUUGAUUUUCUAUAAUCUAUAGUUCUAGCGUAUCUAUUGCAAACCACUCUAAAACAUAGUAUCUUAAAACAAUGACCAUUAUGCUCACAGAUUCUGUGUGUCUAGAAUUCAGACAAUACCUAGUAGGCAUGGCUUUAUCUCUGCAUCAUAGCAUUCUGGGACCUUAUCUGGAAAGACUCAAACAGCCGGAGGAUACUUGAAAAACUAAGGGCCAGAAUUAUACGAAGGUUCUUCACUCUUAGUCAGGUGCUUAGAAUGGAAUGUCUCAAAAUAGGGCUCAGCUGGGAUUGUUGAAUAAAAAACCUGCUUUGGAUUUUCAAUUUAGGUUUCCUCACAGCAUGGUGACCUGAGUGUCUUACAUGGCCACUCAGGACUCUGGGAGCUAGUGUUUUCUAAGAGCAAGGUUUUAUCUUAUGAGAUGAUUGAAAAUUUUAGUAGAAUAAAAAACUUAAGGGGCAGCUGGGUGGCUCAGUUGGUUAAGUGUCCGACUCUGGAUUUCAGCUCAGGUCAUGAUCUCGUGGUUCAUGAGUUCGAGCCCUCAUUGGGCUCUGCACUGGCAGUGUGGAGCUUGCUUGGGAUUCAUUCUCUCUCCCCUUUCUGCCCCUCCCCAGGUUGCUCUCUCUCCCUCUCCCUCUCUAAGUAAAUAAAUAAACUUAAAAAAAUGUUUUAAUAAAAAAAGAAUAAAAAACUUAAUUAUUUUUAAUACCAAAUACAUGAAACAUGUUAAGUGUAAAGUAAGUGGAGUUAUAAAAGUUUACUUGAGGCUACCAGGACAUUAUAACUAUCAUUUGUUGAGUGUAUUCUGUAUGGUAGGUGUUGGUCCACAAGUACUUUCGGGGAUUAUCUCAUUUAUUCUUUACAACAGCAUUAAGCAGAAACCAGGGCUUAGUCAGCUUAAGCAGCUUGUCCGGGUCAUAAUGCUGAUAAGCCACUGAACCUCUGACUCAAAACAGAUCCAACUCCAGUAUUUGUGGCUUUAGCUACUAUUAUGGGCUGAAUUGUGCCCUCCCUCCCUAAUUCACAUGUUGAAGUCCUAAUCCCUACUACCUCACAAUACAGCUAUAUUUGGAGACAGGGUCUUUGGGUAAUUAAGCUUAUAUGAAAUCAUUGGAAUGGAUCCUAAUCCAAUAUGAUGGGUGUUCUUGAAAGAAGAGAUUAGGACACAGACAGGCGGGAAGACACAGGGAGAAGAUGGCCAUCCACAUAUAGACCCAGGAGGGAGGCCUCCAAAGAAACAACCGUGCUAACACCUUGAUCUUGGUCUUCCAGCCUCCACAACUGUACCGACCAAGAAACUGAAGAAAUAUGAGAAAGAAUAUCAGACAAUGCGAGAGAGUCAGCUGCAACAAGAAGACCCAAUGGAUAGAUACAAGAGGGAGAACCGGAGACUACAGGAGGCCAGCAUGAGGCUGGAACAGGAGAACGAUGACCUCGCCCAUGAACUGGUCACCAGCAAAAUUGCUCUGCGAAACGACUUGGAUCAGGCAGAAGACAAGGCGGAUGUGUUGAAUAAGGAGCUCCUCCUGACCAAACAGAGGCUGGUGGAGGCUGAAGAGGAGAAGAGGAAGCAAGAGGAAGAGACUGCACAGCUGAAAGAAGUCUUUCGGAAACAGCUGGAGAAGGCAGAAUAUGAAAUAAAGAAGACCACUGCGAUCAUCGCUGAGUAUAAGCAGAUCUGCUCCCAGUUAAGUACCAGACUGGAGAAACAGCAAACAGCCAGCAAGGAGGAGCUGGAAGUGGUAAAGGGUAAGAUGAUGACGUGUAAACACUGCAGUGACAUUUUCAGCAAAGAGGGCACUUUGAAACUAGUGGCCAUCAGCAGAGAGGACCAGGGGAUCGAGCCGGACGACGAGAAGGACUCCCUGAAGAAGCAGCUGAGGGAGUUGGAGCUGGAAUUGGCGCAGACCAAGCUGCAGCUGGUGGAGGCUAAGUGCAAAAUCCAGGAACUUGAACACCAGAGAGGAGCCCUUAUGAAUGAAAUCCAAGCUGCAAAAAACUCUUGGUUUAGCAAAACCCUGAACUCUAUCAAAACGGCCACGGGCACCCAGCCGCUGCAGCCACCACAGGCCACCCAGCCACCCAAGGAGAGCACAUAGUUCCAGCCUCGCCCGAGCACAAGAGCACAAUGAUCAAAGUGACAGAAACCCAGGAGGACUCUCCCCAGUGUCCCUUUGAAGGAAAGUAAAGGAGGCCAGAAAGCAAGCCAGAAUCUUUCAGUAGCUCUCUUUCUUGUUUGAUACUUUUCAAAGGGAUGUUACUUAAACUGCCCUGACUUAUGUUGAAUACCUGUUUUCGAGCUUCUUCAUGGGAGGCCACGUUCAGUUCCAUCAUAGUGAUUACACAUUAUUUUAUAUGCCUGAUGUUUAGUUGGAAAUAAGUAAUUCAGAACUAAAUGCCUUUUAUGUAGAACUAAUUAUUCAUAAUUACUUUUAUCUUCCAUAAAAACGGAGAUGUCUUUUAUUCCAAGGUUGAAGUGAUAAGAUAUUUGUCACAGCAAAUAAAAAAAAAAGAAGAAGAAAGAAAGAAAGAAAAAAAGAUUGAAACCGAAAGCUCUUAACUUUUCAGGACUUAUUCACAGAAAGCACACUGUGGGGCCAUUCGUGACGACCAUCAGGUUUCUUCCCGAAAGUGAUUCCCUGGAUAACAAUAAUCCUGUCCAAAGAGUAAACCUGGGAUUGAGCAGUCCCCAAAAGGAAUUAGUUUAUUUUCAUUUUCUGUUGGGUAUAUCUGGAAAUGAAAUGGCAAGAAUCAUAGAAUAAGAUAGACUAUUGACAAUUACACGCUAGAUGAAAGGCACUGGGAUUUUGAUAAACGCAGGAGAAGAUAAACCAUUUCGCCCUAGUAUUCUAACGGGUCCUUUUGAGAAACUCUGCAUGGGGAUUGCAUAUUCCUAAGUAUGAACACUUGCAGCAAACGUGAAGUCAGGAGGGUCUAGUGCAAGCUGCAGCAGUAGGGAACCUUUACCAGACAAGCCUAGAGAGGCCCAGGUUCAGGCACUGUGCUUAAAAUGAAAUAGAGAGCCAGGGACAGAGUAUUUCAUUUGAUAUUGACAUAUAUUUGCUAAGGAAACACUAAUAUACUGUAGCUUUUUAAAGUUAUGAAAUGGGAAAUACAGGCCAGCUUCACAUCAUCUUAGUUUACUGUUGGGCAACUUUUCCUGAUUUCUGUAUCUCCCUACAAAUGUGCCCUUGGUACCCGAGAGGAAGAGAUGUGAAUGCAUUGGUAACAUUUUUGAUUGAAUACAAAACCUUUAUAGAAAUACUUAUCUCCUGGAAAGGGAAAGCUAGUGUUUAAAAGUUGGUGGAAAUAGUUUUUUCAAUGAUAUUUAACAUGUCUGUGUGGAUCAUCCUUGCAGGAAAUCCUUUGGUAAGGACAAAACCAAUUUUCCCAUCUUCUAAGCUAGUUUGGAGGCCUUUGGUCCUUUGCACCACCCAAACUGCUGCCAGCAUGUACAAUAACAUAUAGUGAUACUCAUCCUUGGCUUCAUUGUUGAACACGUUCUUAGCAAGGACCUUAAACUCUGUAGUGCCACAGGGAUUCUCAUCUGUGCCACAUGUUGCAAUUAAGAGUAACACAUUCUUGGAAGUAAAAAUUAAGGAAGCGCCAUCUCGACUCCGGGAGCACAUGCUACAAGUUGCUCGUGGUAGAUCCUUUCCUCCAAAAUGAUCAUUAAACUCUAAAAAGUUAAGUCCCCUUCACUUGUGUUUAUAUCAUCUACAACCCAUGAAACCGAUAUGGAUGUUACCCUUUGUUACACUCAUCAAAUAAUACUUUUUUUACAGAAUUAUUUGUUUGGUCCUGACAUCUUUCAUUAUAAUAUUCAUUUCCUUGUACCAAAAAGAAAAUAAUCCAGCAUUCUUGAGUGUGUGGACUAAUAUUCCCUACUCGGUGAUUUAGCAAAGGUAAUCUUUUUGUUGUUGUUGUUUAAAUAUAAUGGCUAGAAAAAUUGCAUCUUGGUACUUGUUUCUGUAAAUCAUUCAGUAUAAUUUUUUAGCUUUGCUGGUACUUUAUGCUUUUAUUCCAGGAAGCCUUGUACAAGUUGCCUUAUGAAAUGGCCAGCUAAAUUAAAGAUGUUCUUUUGUGUUUUGUGA